GACAGAAGUCAACGAAAGGAAAACAUGCACGCUGUGCUAACCGUAUCCAAGUAUCCAGUCAUGUCAUUCAGGAGGUGAUCUCCAUGUGGAUCGAGUGGGUUGCGAGAAGGAGGGCAUAGCGAUCGAAUCUUCCUGGUCCUGCUCGAGAGGCUGCCACUCCACAUUCAUCUGACCCUGCGAUGCUGUCCUCGCGGACUGUGGUCAAGUUUGCCCCCGAGCUUUUGAUCUUCCACCCUGACGAAUGAAGUUGAUAUCUGUUCACCUCUUACGAGUGACAUCUAUCCCGGAUUCGCCAGCAGAAUAUCUGCGCAAGCCUUCGGCAAACGAUCAUGUCACUCUCGAUCCGCGCGGGCUCCUCUAUCAAACUACCGACGGUGCCGUUGAAAGCCAAAGUGAUAUUUUUGGUUUGUGGGGGCACGGUACUUGUGUUCAGCAUUGCGUCUAGUCUGUGGUUCAGAUGGAAACGUGACAAGGACACUGGUUCGAGAACCAGUGCCCCGAAUAGCGAUCGGAAGCGAAUUUACUCAUUCAGGGGGCUGAAUGGAGACAUCCCGCAACUCCGCAGCAUGCCAUCCCCGCUGUGUGUGCGAUGUCGACAGUUCCGGGACGUGGACAAGGGUUCGGUGACGACUCUGAACACGGUGCUACCUGAGCAAAAGGAGGAGUUCACGCCUCAGCAAUACGGAGUCAUGGGUAUGGAGGCGCUCGACACAGCCAUCCAUUACUGGGAGGAUGCUGUAAGCGUGUUCCAAAAUUUACCGAACUCCAAUGGAGGAGUCGCGCUCAUGGCUUUGCCGACUAAUGCUGAAUCUGAGUUCGUCAGUCAGUUGAAUAUCGUCAUGAAACAAGCGUUCAAGCUACGAGACAACACUUCGAAGCUUUUCCUCGACAACACUUCUCUCCUCUUCCAAAUCACCGAUGACAAGAGCUCGAUCGCUGGAGGCCAUUUGAAAGACUAUGACAGGUUCGACGCACGUACCGUGACAAGUUUCGACGAAGAAAGUUUCGUCUCAGCUGAGGGCGAUAUAGCCAACUUGAAAGAUUUCGAAGACGCCGUGAACCCGGAAGAAUUACAUCUUUACCAGAAUGCUCUUGCGCUGCUCAAGUGUGACGGCGUACCUGCUCGAGCAAUCCGAACCAAUUUGGUGAACUGUCAUACCGAUGAAGAGUAUUUGGCGAAAUUACAUUGCGUUCGUCUGGCCUUCCAACAUCUGACGCGACAGAAUUCCGUUCGGACGAUGUACAUUGAUGCCGGAUCUCAAAUUUUGGCUGGUCUGCUCGUCUACGCCGAAAAAGAUCCAAAAUACUGCUUAGAAGCAUACGUGAAACUUAUCGAAUGGGUCGAUCAGCCGGAAAAUCGAGACAUAAUGGAGCGAGAAUUGAGGGCUCGCGGGGUAUCCGCCCUGACGAUCUACGAUGUUGUUUUCGAUUUCUUGCUGAUUGAGGCUUUCGACGAUCUCGACGAUCCUCCACAGUCAGUUCUGUCGGUCAUCCAGAAUAGAUGGCUCUCCGCCGGUUUUCGUGAAACGGCUCUGUCGACCGCCGUGUGGUCGGUCAUAAAGGCCAAGAAAAGUCGAGUCAAAGUCGACCAAGGAUUCUUCACACAUUUCUACAACGUGGCUGAGAAUCUAACACCGGUGUUAGCUUGGGGAUUCCUCGGUACGAACCAGGACCUUCGCGAUACUUGUCUUCAUUUCAAGCAAGAAGUCAUGAGCUUGAUGGUGGACGUCUUCGAUUUCAAGAAAGUUCGUUACACCACAGUCGAGCAAAUGGCAGAGGAUAUUUUUGGACUAUCGCAACUGACCGUUGAUAGGAUCGCGCAGCGCCUCGGAAUCUGAUUUCGAUAUACGAUCGGUAUCGGAGAGAAUCUGAAGCUUCAUAUGCUUGUGCUGACCGCAGAAUGAUAUCGGAGUGUCUCCGAGAUGCGAUUCCGUGGUCACGACUCGUGGCUUUUGAGUCCAGUCGGCUUCCCAACCUGCUCGAGAGGUUCCACGAGCUUCAUUCGCGGGUUGCAGAUCCAGAUUCAGGACUGAAGCAUUUCCAUCCGCUCAAAGGACUUCCCGGGCUCGGAUAACGUGGAGACUCUACAGUUAAGCCGCUCCUCAAUUUUCACGUACACUCGGAGAGUCCCUGUAUUGCAGCUGUUGAAGCUUAUUAUGUUGAGAGCGAGAUUCUACACUUGUUCAUGCAUCUAUCCUCAUAAUGGGCGUGUUGAAUUUGUAAAUUAAAAAGAGCAGUGAUGGGGAACAUCUUGAUAAUUAUUGUUUUUCUUUACCUCUACUGUAUCGCCGAUAUAAGUGAAGAGAACCACAAUUUUCGCUCGGGAGCAGCUGUAUUGUAGAAUAAAUUUUAUUGGGU